AUCUUAUUCCCAGCACCGCAUACAACAUCCAGACAAAAGAAAACACACCUCCCACCCCUCAAUACCAAUCUCACUCAAAAUGGCACCCGGCGACACGCUCCCCGAUUUCCUCACAAACACGCCUCUCGACCCCAGCUUUCAAACUGACAUGCUCGACACGCACCUAGUCUACGACUACGACGCACAAGACGGCGAUGGCAACCCCGAAAAAUGGCGCUACGAACUCUGGGUAUUUUCCUCUAAAUGUAUCAUCUACGCCGUCCACGGCGGACCCAUGGCCGGUCGCGUAAACUACCAGCGCGCCAACUUCCAAUGCAUUCGGCCGGGGGAGCUGUGGCAGAUCAACUGGCUAGAAGAGACGGGCACGAUAGUGUCGGUAGUGUACGACAUCAAGGUGAAGAAGAUGACGACUAUGAUUGCGUUUUCAGAGGGCCAUUGGAAGAGGAGGGCGGAGGCGCUGGGGGACAAGAGAAAUAAGGCGGACAGGGAGAGGUGGAGUGCGUUGGCGGAAGUGGGAAAUCAGAGGUCAAGAUUCGUGCUGAGUGAGCAGGGGACCAUCCUCAAGGUUUUCAAGGGCAAAGGUGACCUCGAGCCGUUUGACGAGAACGACGCAGCGUUUGAGGAUUUGCGAGAUUGAUUUGAUGGGUCGUGGGCUGGCAGUACCACGGUACGCAUCCUUAGCGUACCAAAUUGAAGAACCAUCGAUCACAACAUCUUGACGAGAGCUCUACCGAGCUUUUCCGACACUUGCCUAGUCGGCUGAUGCAACGUUGUGCCGUGAUGAUGUAGCUUGAGUCCGUAUGCAACAGCAGAUGGCAGGGUUCAGUAGGAACGAAAAGGCAGAGGAUUUUAGAAGACAGGCUACGAAAACGCCAUGCAAGUUCAGGUUGUUAUUCUAUCAUAUUUGGAAAGAGAAUAUGGAAUAUGCAUCCGAUAGAAGAUUUCAAUACAUGAGCCAUGAAGUUG